AUGUCAGUUAAUUCUUCGCAAACAGAUUCUAAUACUGUGCAAGUCGACGAGCAAGCGAAGACUUGGAUUCAAGGAAAAGUUGAAGAAGAAUUGAAACGCCUUGAAAGUAUCGGCGCAAAAGCGGUCCCUUUAACUGUCAAGAACUAUAGUGUUAUUUUGGAUGAGAAUACGGAUACUGUGAUGAACAGAAUUGAGCUGAAGACCAGUUUUGACUUUAACCAUGUGCAACAGAUCCUGUUGUCACCAGCUCAACCAUAUCCUCAUGAUUCAAAUCUUAAAUUUUUGUACUUGGUAAUUUUGACAAAUUUACCUCAUCCUAUGUUGAUCCCUUACCUGUUUACACCAAAAGUCGUCGGCAAGAACUUGUUACCAAGAGCUGAUGGACUCGUCGAAAAUACUUUGAAGCGUUGGAUUUUUAUUAACGAGAAGUUGCAAAGAGCCGAUCAUGUUGUUCGUGAAUAUCAGGACGUUGAGUGA